AUGGAACAUGCUGUAAAAAAAAUAAAAUUAAAUAACAAUGAAAGUAAAAAUAUAUACAUAAACGAUGCAAAUAAUAUGAGUGUUCACAAUAUAUCGAUGAAUGCUAUAUUAUGCUCAUCCCUAAACUUAGACAGCAUUUAUAAACAUUUUUCAAAUUGUGUAUAUAACCCAAGGGAAUUUAAAUGUAUGCGUAUAGACGUACCUGUUAGUUUAAGUACUGUGACAAAAUAUAUUAAUCAUAUUAAAAAUAAAGAAAAAUCACAAACUGAAAAAAAUAAAAAUGAAGUUUGUAUGGCUAUAGAAAACGAUCCAAAUAAACCUCUACCUACCCAACCAAGUAACACCAAUUUUAAUAUCAACAUAGACCCUAAUAAUUAUUACCUUCCUGAAAUAAAAUAUAUCGAUGGUAUAUCUACAUUUGACGAUAAAAAUGAUGAAGAUGAUUAUACUAGUGAAAAACUAGUUAUUAAUGUUUCAAUUUUUUCAAAUGGUAAAAUUAUAUGCACAGGAAAUAAUUCUAUUGAAGCAUGCAAAAUAGCAAUGAAAAAAGUUGAAAAAAAAUUAAAACAAUUAAAUUUUAAAAAUAUUAAACUAAAAAAAAUAGCCAUUACAAAUAUAUUAGCUGUAUAUAAUGUGGGAUUCUCAAUUGUUCUUCCAUUAUUUGCUCAGUAUUAUAAAAGUGUUGACUACGACCCUAACGUCUUUCCUGCCUGCAAAGUGAAAAUUGCCUUGACCAACGAUGAUAAUAAUAACUCAUCUGAAUUUAAUGAACAAAAUGAUAGCUCAUAUGCCUGGUGUACCAAUAGGCCUACAGUUGAGACAAGUAAAAGUAAAGCUGAUGUUGUAUCUGCCAGUAUUUUUUCGACAGGGAAUAUAACUUUAACUGGAGGAAAGAGCUACGAUAAUCUGAAGAGAUGUAUCGACAUAUUGUUACCUUAUCUAAUUAAAAGCAGGUCUCAGCAUUAG